UCCUUGUUGAGAAGGAUGUGUGAAACAUACAUUGUCAUCACUUUGUUGAUAUACAACAAGACUGUGCCAAUGGGGAGUGCAUCAUCAGUCCUAUCUCAGUCUGAUAUUGAAGAAGUUCAAGAACACUGCAACAAUCUCUUUACUGAGGAGGAGAUAGUGUCGCUGUAUCAAAGAUUUUGCCAGCUUGAUGGGAAUGGCAAGGGAUUUAUCUCAGCUGAUGAGUUUCUAUCACAUCCUGAUUUUUCAAUUAGCCCUCUUUCUGAGAGGUUGUUGAUGAUGGUUGAUGGUUUGAACUUCAAGGACUUUGUAGCUUUCUUGUUAGCCUUCAGUGCCAAAGCAAGCAUGAAGCAGAAAAUCGAAUUUGUCUUUAAAGUGUAUGAUUCAGAGCAUAAUGAUAAGGUGACUUUCAGUGACAUAUUAGAAGUGCUGCGAGAUUUAACAGGCCCAAUUAUGUCAGAUGAGCAAAGAGAGGCAGUCUUGAGCCAAGUCUUGCAGGAAGCUGGUUAUACAAUGGAGUCUUUAUUAUUGUUGGAUGACUGCAUCAAGAUUGUUAACAAGUCUGGCCUGAAGAUGGAGGUGGAAGUCUCAACCAGCCUUAGCAUGUGAUCAUUCUCAACUUAAGCAGAAAAAGAUGUAGUUCUGGAUGGAAGGAAUCAAGAAAGAAAUAAACAACGAAAUAAGCAAUUCAUAUUUAUGUACAUAAACUAAUUUUUACAUGUAUUAUCUUCAACCGUGCUAUAUGUGGUACUCUAUUAGCGUACAUAUGCACGAUAGUGUUGAUGAUGUUUUUGGCUGAGACAAACGAUCUCUUCUUGUGCCAUUAUUUUCAGUUCAGUCUUGUAUCGCCAUUUAUGCAUGUCAAAGGACUCAAAGCUGAUUCCGUUGUUGCCAAA